AUGGCGCCAAACGACUGGUUCAAUCGGCGGGAAUGGGAGGGAAUAAGAGGAGACAACGCGACGGCGUUCUGGACGACCUCGAUCUGGUGGAUUGCCACAUCCAUCGUCCUCGUACAGUGUCUCUGGAUGCUGUACUUCCGCCGCUCGCUCAAACAGCAAUUCGAGAAAGGAGAGAAGCGGCGCAGCAUGUUCGCCCGCGCACCCCUCCUCCUGCCGGCAGCCGCCGUCAUGGCGCUCUGCACGAUGGCAAGAGUCGCGGAUCUCGGACGGCCGUCUGCACCACAGUACCUGGCCUCAACGUCCAUCGCCAGCAGCACUUCUCAGUUCACAGUUCCCGCAUCAGCAAACGAGGGUGCUCUUCUCAUCCCCAACAUCGAGGAUCCCGAGUCAACGGACCCGCAGAGUGUCUGUCCGGGAUACACGGCUUCGCACAUCCAGACGACUUCUUAUGGAUUCACGGCUGACCUCGAUCUGGCCGGCUCAGCUUGCAAUGUGUAUGGGAACGACGUCGAGGCUCUAUCCCUCGUCGUUGAGUACCUGGCAACGGACCGUCUUCAUGUCCAGGUUCUGCCGCGGUACAUCGGUACCCGUAAUUCCACUUGGUUCAUCCUCCCCGGAGAGCUCAUCCCGAAACCCGCUGCGGACGGUAAGGCGAGUUCCGACGGCUCAAACAGCGAUCUUGAGUUCAAGUGGGCGAACGAGCCGACGUUCGGGUUUAACGUCUCGAGAAAAAGCACCGGUGACGUUUUGUUCACGACUGCCGGGACGAAGCUGGUGUUUGAGGACCAGUUCUUCGAGUUCGCUUCACCGCUUCCCAAAAAUUACAAUCUAUACGGGCUUGGCGAAGUCAUCCAUGGCUUCAAGCUCAAUAAUAACCUUACUCGAACCCUCUAUGCUGCUGAUGUCGGGGAUCCCAUUGAUGGAAACAUCUACGGUUCUCACCCUGUUUAUCUCGACACGCGCUACUACCAAGUCAAUUCCGAUACAAAAGAGGCUGUCUACGUUGCAAAUGCCACGGACAAGAACGCAGAGUACACGUCGUACACCCAUGGCGUCUUCCUGCGUAAUUCUCAUGCACAAGAGGUCCUCCUGCGUGAAUCCAACAUCACCUGGAGGGGACUUGGCGGAACCAUUGACCUGUACUUCUACGCCGGUCCGACGGCGGAUGCCGUGAUGAAAUCUUACCAGAAGACCACUGUCGGGUUGCCCGCGAUGCAGCAGUACUGGACCUUUGGCUUCCAUCAGUGCCGAUGGGGCUAUACGAGCUGGGACAACUUGCAAGAGGUUACCGACGACUUUGCCAAGUUUAAGAUCCCUCUGGAGACGAUUUGGGCCGACAUCGAUUACAUGAACCAAUACCGGGAUUUCGAGAACGAUGCAAACUCGUGGAGCUACGAGGACGCCGCUCGCGUUCUGGGCAGCCUACACAAGAACGGGCAGCAUUUCGUGCCCAUCGUCGACUCGGCAAUCUACUCACCCAACUCCGAAAAUGCCAGUGACGCUUAUCCGACAUACGACCGCGGGGCCGAUGCAGACGCUUUCAUGCUCAACCCCGACGGGUCCCUCUACAUCGGCGCAGUCUGGCCAGGCUAUACCGUGUUCCCCGACUGGAUCGGUGCCGUGCUUAACGGUAGUAGGACCUUCGAGUGGUGGAAGACGGAGUUGGUGACCUGGUUUGACAAGGUGGCCUUCGAUGGCAUCUGGAUUGACAUGUCCGAGGUUUCGUCCUUCUGCGUCGGUAGCUGUGGCAGCGACAAUCUCACUCUCAACCCUGCACACCCCCCUUUCUUACUCCCUGGUGAGCCCGGCAACGAAGUCCUCGAAUAUCCCGAAGGCUUCGACAGGACAAACGGUACCGAGGCCGCCUCGGUAUCGUCUCUCUCGUCGUCUCUCGCCGCAGCGAGGACCGCCACCGCCGCUAUCCCUUCGUCAUCCCUGUACACGACAACCUCAUACCUACGCACCACACCGACCCCGGGUGUCCGUAACGUCAACUAUCCACCCUAUGUAAUCAACAACAUCCAGGGCGACCUCGCCGUGCACGCCGUCUCGCCCAACGCGACCCACCACGGCGGCACCCAGGAGUACGACUUUCACAACCUCUUCGGCCACCAGAUCCUCAACGCGACCUACCAGGCACUUCUCUCCGUCUUACCCGGGAAACGACCCUUCAUCAUAGGCCGCUCGACCUUCGCCGGGUCCGGCAAGUGGGCCGGGCACUGGGGCGGCGACAACGCCUCGCUCUGGGCGUAUAUGUUCUUCUCGAUCCCGCAGGCGCUCGCCUUCAGCAUCUUCGGCGUGCCCAUGUUCGGCGUCGACACGUGCGGCUUCAGCGGCAAUACGGACAUGGAACUGUGCGCACGUUGGAUGCAGCUCAGCGCCUUCUUCCCAUUCUACCGGAACCACAACGUGAUUGGGGCGAUCCCACAGGAGCCGUACCGGUGGGCCGCUGUCGCCGACGCCUCGCGGGCGGCGAUGGCGAUUCGGUACGCGUUGCUGCCGUACGUGUACACCGCGUUCUACAGGGCGCACAAGCAGGGCGAUACGGUCAUGAAGGCGUUGGCGUGGGAGUUUGCGGACGAGCCGUGGCUUGCCGGCGCAGACAGGCAGUUCCUCCUCGGGCCGGCCGUCAUGGUCACGCCUUGCCUCGAGCAAGGGGCCAGCACUGUCGACGGCGUCUUCCCCGGCGUCGGUCAGGGUACCGUGUGGUAUGAUUGGUACAACCAGUCUGCGAUCACGGGCGUCUCAACCGGGCAAAACGUAACUAUCGACGCGCCCCUGGGGCAUAUACCGGUGUACGUCCGCGGUGGCUACGUUAUCCCGACCCAGGAGCCGGGCCUGACGACGGCCGAGAGCAGAUCCAACCCGUGGGGCUUACUGGUCGCGCUCGAUGACAAGGGUACCGCCAAGGGCAGUCUUUACGUGGACGACGGCGAGAGCGUGGAGCAGGAGGCCACGCUUACGGUGGAGCUCUCUGCAUCGGAGAAUUCGCUGAAGGCCACCCCAUCUGGCGAGUUCAGAGACUCCAACUCUCUCGGGACCGUGACGGUUAUGGGCGUCCAGGGUGAUGUUUCGGCUGUGACGCUUGAUGGACGGGAUCUCGACAGCGCAAGUUGGACCUUCAACUCGACCACCCGCGCGCUUCAUAUUCAUGGUCUAAAGUCCCGUACGUCCGAAGGCGCGUGGUCAUCGGCACGGGAGCUCGUCUGGUCUUGA